GUGUCUCACUGUAAACAACAUGUUUGUUUCUCUUGUUACUAUUUGUCUGUUCGUUGGACUUUUAGUUACUUUACUUUAUGAUCAAUAUAAUCGAGCAGGGAGGCUCGUACGCCAAAUACCAGGCCCAAAGAGAUGGCCUAUUGUUGGUAACACAAUCAAUUUCUUAUUACCACUCGGUGGGGUAUGCGGGAGUCGGAUCUGAGGUCCCCAUCAGCAGGCCUGGCGACAGUGGAGGCGAUCCGUCCCCACUUGAGUCGCUGGGUAACGAGAAAAGGCGGCACACUGACCUUCAGACUGACUCAGGUGCUUACUGGACAUGGGUGCUUCGAAGGAGGCCGCGGAGCGGGAGCACGAGGAGAGUGCCUCAGCUGACCCGCUUCGCCGAAGAAGACCGGGAAGAAGACGUCGGCGCUAUGCGCAUCUUCUCCUCCCGCCACAAGUUAUUUUUAUUUAUUCGGAAUUUGCCCAAGGAGUAUGGAGAUGUCGUACAGAUACAUGCGAUCAAUGAGAGAACUAUAGGGUUUCUGGAUCCUGAUAAUGUUGAGACAAUUUUAUCGUCACUUCGUUUUUCUGACAAAAAUAUACCAUACAAUUUUAUGAGACCGUGGCUUGGAGAGGGGCUUCUCACAAGCCAAGGUUUAAAAUGGCAUCAAAGGAGAAAGUUAUUGACUCAAGCUUUUCAUUUUAAUAUAUUGAAGAAAUAUUCGAUAACUUUCGUUGAACAGACAGAUAAGUUUUUGCAUGAAGUUCAAGAAAAGGUCAAUGAAAAACACGUUGACAUAGUGCCUUUGAUAACUUCAACGACACUUCGUAUCAUGUGUGAGACAGCAAUGGGUACAUCGAUGCAUGAAAGUAUUGAAUCUGUGGCGAGUAAAUACUCGAGAGCAAUAGAAGUCGUCGGAAAGGCAAUUGUCGAAAGAAUGUGCAGAAUUUGGCUACACGUAGACUACUUUUUUAAAUGGUCGAGUGUUGCUAAGGCGCAAGAGGCCGCCCUAAAAGACUUGCACACUUUUACUAAUAAAAUUAUCAAAGAAAGAAGAAUGUUCUUAAAAGAAAAUAGAAUUGAGACAUUCGAAGAUGAAGAAAGUUACGGUAAUAAAGGAAGAUUGGCAAUGUUGGACUUGCUUUUAGAAAAAGAAAAAGUAGGAGAUAUCGAUGUUGACGGUAUCCGAGAGGAAGUUGAUACAUUUAUGUUUGAGGGUCAUGAUACAACAGCGCAGGCAUUGUCUUUCUUGAUAAUGACGAUCGCUAACGAGACGAAAGUGCAAGAUAAGAUUUACGAGGAACUGCAAAAUAUAUUUAAGGGCUCCCAAAAUACGCCAACAACAGAUGAAUUGAAUGAGAUGAAAUAUCUAGAAUGCUGCAUAAAGGAAUCUUUAAGAUUAUAUCCUAGUGUGCCUAUUAUACUCAGAUAUGUAACAGAAGAAACUAUUAUAGGUGGCUUCACCAUACCCAAAAAUAGUCAUAUCCAUAUAUCUAUAUAUGACUUGCAUCGUCGUGCGGAUAUCUUCCCAGAACCAGAGCGCUUUAUACCCGAAAGAUUUCUACCAGAGGUAUGCGCUAAGCGACACCCAUACGCGUAUAUACCUUUCAGCGCUGGUCCUAGAAACUGUAUUGGUCAAAAAUUCGCUAUGUUGGAAAUGAAGACUUUAGUAUCAUCUUUGCUUCGGCGGUUUCGUCUGGAAGCUGUGACUAAGCCUAGUGAUCUUAGAUUCAGAGCUGACAUUCUAUUACGUACUAAUAAUGAAUCAUUAUAUGUUAAAUUUUUCAACCGAUGUUGAUAUAUAAUGUGUGGAAAGAAGUUUAUUCAUUAUAUCGAUCUUAUUUAAAGACCUAAUAUCAAUCAGAAUAAAUAUUUUCUUAAAUAAAUCUAAAUUUAAUUAUUAAUAUAUUGAUGUAAAUUAAGUCAGAACUUGAAAUUUUAAAAUUCAAUAAAUACAUAAGUAAUGUAUAUAUAUACGACAUGAGCCGUACAGUUCUUCCGUGAUACUAUAUACUACCAGGAUAUUACAAAAUUUAAAAUAUUCUUACACAAAGUAUUAUCGAAUAUUGUUCAGAUUAUUCAUAAAGUACAAUUAUCACAUUCAUGACAUCUGUAUCGUAAUUGUGCAAAAUAUUAAUAGUAAAGAUAUUUAAAAAACGCUCGGAAUAAUAUAAAACUAAGACUCGUUUAUCUUUACUCUUUCGAUUGGAAUAGGGUAUAGACAUAUAGCUCACAGAAACAUAUUAGCCUAUCAUUAAACUAUCGCUAAACAAAAAUUGCGCUCGAAAAAACGACAAAGUCGAGCUGAUAUCGAGCUUACAAUAUUUUAAAGGUGCUUAUCAAAACAAAAAAUAAAAUAUAAUAAAUCUUCAACAACACCGAAGAGGCAUCUUGCGGACCAGCAAGGCGGGGGCGGCUAGUGCAAAAUAUUCUUCCUGACUGUACUGGCCGAUGUCGCGUUUGGACUUUACUACCACUUACUAUCAGGUGGAGUAGAGUCAUUUACCCUCCCGGCAAUUUAAAAAAAAAGACACUGUAACAAUAAUAUAACAGAAUGAAUCAUUUAUAAUUAAAUAUAGUGCCAAUGACAUGUUUAAGCGGUAAUAUUCGCUGGUAAAUAUAAUAUACUAAACUAUUUAAAAAAAUAGUAUCAAUCAGUAAAAAAUAGUAUUAAUCAGUAAAAAAUAGUAACAAUAAAUAUACUAACUAUUUAAAAAAAUUAAAAAAAACGACACUGUAACAAUAAUAUAACAGAAUAAAUCAUUUAUAAUGUAUAUCAUUAAAUAUAGUGCCAAUGACAUAUUUAAGCGGUAAUAUUCGCCGGUAAAUAUAAACUAACUAUAUAAGAAAA